GAUGACGUAAAGCGCCUCGGGUGUCUCUAGUGACGAUGCCGUGGGGGGACAGGCUGGAGUCGGCGCUGCAGGAGGAGCUGCGGGACAGGGGUCUAUCCGGGGAGAGGAAGGCAGCAGGAGCAGGUUGUUCACCCGCAAGGCAGACUCGCGCGGGCCAUGCCUGACUUGUGAAAACGUAACUCCCGCCCUCGAACGCAAUGUCCCUGUUGUUUACUCGUUCCAAGUCAAUUGUGUCAGUGAAGAAGGAUAAAAGACACAUGGCUGAGGUAAAUGCUUCUCCACUUAAACAUUUUGUCACUGCAAAGAAGAAAAUCAAUGGUAUCUUUGAACAGUUGGCUGCAUACAUCAAUGAGAGUUCCUCAUUUCUGGAAGAAACACACAGGAAUGUGGAGCUUGACCCUGUCACCACAGAAGAGCAGGUAUUGGAAGUCAAAGGUUACCUCUCAAAAGUCAGUGGCAUUAGUGAAGUGCUGGCAAGGAGACACAUGAAAGUGGCUUUUUUCGGAAGGACAAGCAAUGGAAAGAGCACUGUGAUAAAUGCCAUGCUAUGGGACAAAGUCCUUCCUUCAGGGAUUGGACACACCACCAAUUGUUUCCUGCGUGUAGAAGGAACAGAUGGGCAUGAAGCGUUCCUGCUUACUGAAGGCUCGGAGGAAAAGAAGAGUGUUAAGACUGUAAACCAGCUGGCUCAUGCCCUUCAUCAAGAUGAACUUCUGGAUGCAGGCAGUUUAGUCAGUGUUAUGUGGCCUAAUUCCAAAUGUCCUCUUUUAAAGGAUGACCUAGUGCUAAUGGACAGCCCUGGCAUUGAUGUAACCACAGAGCUGGACAGUUGGAUUGACAAGUUCUGUCUUGAUGCUGAUGUAUUUGUCUUAGUGGCAAAUUCUGAAUCUACAUUGAUGCAAACUGAGAAACAGUUCUUCCACAAGGUGAAUGAACGUUUGUCUCGACCCAACAUAUUUAUCUUAAAUAAUCGUUGGGAUGCAUCUGCUUCUGAACCAGAAUACAUGGAAGAGGUACGUCGGCAGCACAUGGAGCGGUGUACCAGUUUCCUGGUAGAUGAGCUGGGUGUGGUGGAUCGAGCCCAGGCAGGCGAUCGAAUAUUCUUUGUGUCAGCAAAAGAAGUGCUGAAUGCCAGGAUUCAGAGAGCUCAAGGGAUGCCAGAAGGAGGUGGAGCAUUGGCAGAUGGAUUUCAAGUGAGAAUGUUUGAGUUUCAGAACUUUGAAAGAAGAUUUGAGGAAUGUAUCUCUCAGUCUGCAGUAAAAACAAAAUUUGAGCAGCAUACAGUGAGAGCAAAGCAGAUUGCUGAAGAUGUUCGUCUUAUUAUGGAUUCUGUGCAUGUUGCUGCCCAGGAACAGCGAGUUUACUGUCUGGAAACGAGAGAGGAACGACAGGAACGUUUAGGUUUUAUUGAUAAACAGCUGGAGCUCCUUACUCAAGACUAUAAACGAAAGAUAAAACAGAUCACAGAGGAAGUGGAGAGACAGGUAUCAAAUGCAAUGGCUGAAGAAAUUAGACGGCUUUCAGUGUUGGUAGAUGAAUACCAAGCGGAUUUCCAUCCAUCUCAAGUAGUUCUUAAAGUUUACAAGAAUGAGCUACAUAAACACAUUGAGGAAGGUCUGGGCCGUAACAUGUCAGAGCGUUGCUCUAAUGCUAUCACAGCUUCCCUGCAGACAAUGCAGCAAGAAAUGAUAGAUGGUUUAAAACCCCUUCUCCCAGUCUCUUUGCGGGGCCAGAUAGAUAUGUUGAUUCCUCGACAGUGCUUCACGCUCAGCUAUGAUCUGAACUGUGACAAGCUUUGUGCUGACUUCCAAGAGGACAUAGAAUUCCAUUUCUCUCUUGGGUGGACGAUGCUGGUGAAUAGAUUUUUGGGACCAAAGAAUGGUCGUCGAGCCUUGAUGGGCUAUAACGACCAGAUUCAACGCCCUUUAACACCAGCAAAUCCCAGUCUGCCUCCUUUGCCUCAGGGUUCUAUGACCCAGGAAGAGCUCAUGGUGUCUAUGGUGACUGGACUGGCCUCAUUAACUUCCCGAACCUCCAUGGGGAUCCUCGUGGUUGGUGGCGUGGUCUGGAAGGCUGUGGGUUGGAGACUGAUUGCUCUUUCUUUGGGACUUUACGGGCUCCUUUAUGUAUAUGAACGUCUCACUUGGACUACAAAAGCGAAGGAGAGAGCUUUCAAACGCCAGUUUGUAGAGUAUGCUGGUGAGAAACUGCAGCUGAUCGUCAGCUAUACAGGUUCCAAUUGCAGCCACCAAGUUCAACAGGAGCUGGCUGGAACAUUUGCUCAUUUGUGUCAACAAGUGGAUGUCACACGGGAGAAUCUUGAGCAGGAAAUUUCUGCAAUGAAUAAAAAAAUUGAAGUUUUGGAUUCACUGCAGAGCAAAGCAAAACUGCUCAGGAAUAAGGCAGGUUGGCUGGACAGUGAACUCAACAUGUUCACACAUCAGUACCUGCAGCAAAGCAGAUAGUGUGGGAAGAAAAGAAAAUCAACACUAUUUUUCUUCAGUGCUCUCUUAAUUACUGCAGAGAACAUGGUGGGUGAUGGAAUCCCUAAAGGGACGAGCAAAAGCCAAUUGCUACGUUUCCAGUCACUGUGUGAACAGUAGGAUUCUGCUUCCAUGUUUCGUGUCCCACCUCUAAACACUAGCUGUUUGUAACUUAUUUUUCCUGCUUGAGAGGCUGGGCUACUUCAGAAGGAAUUGUCUGCCUCAUACGUUUACAGGGGGCUUUUUAAAGCAAAAUGAAAUUCAGUAACAGUCGAUUUAAAAAAGCAAACAAAAGUAUAUCAGGUUAAGUCAUCCUAACACAUCUUUCGUUAUGGAUUCAGUCAUUUUACUACGUGCAGAACUUUUGCAUUCAAAGCCCCAAGUUCAUGUAUGUGUGAUAAGCGUCUGUUUGUCUAAAUGCAGGUUUCUCAUGGCACAUAGGUGUAAAAAUGGUUUCACAAUACUUUUACAGCCCAUGGCAGUAUGUCUCCUAGGUUAACCUUCAGUUACCACAAAAUAUGACAAAGACCAACUGCACCUUAUCUCUUCAUAAAAAAGUUUGUUGCUGUCAGCAUGUUCAGACCUAUGAAGAAAACCAGUUAUCUCCCAGAGUGAGAGGGAUUAAGAUUUUGCUUUAGUAAACUUACUUUGUGGUUGUUUUCUUCCUCUGCAGAGUUCUUCAAUUCAAAAAAGUAGACUGGCCCAUUUCACAUCAUAGAUAAAUAGCUUGCAAAGACAAAACUGGCUUCUGUAAGGGAGCUAGUAUUGAUUUUGAUGUCUUGAUAAUUUGGCAGCAUGUUGAGGAAGAAAAGCAGGACUGAAAAGGAAGGCCAGUUGACAGAAUGUAAAUAAGUACAUUAUGAGAUAAGUUGAUGAAUGUGUCUUUUGGAAAUGCACAGCUGUGUUUCUGGAAGCAGGACUUCAGAAUUCCAUUACCAUGACUUGGCCACAAGGACGGCACGUGGAUUACAAACUGUAAGAGAUUUUGCUUUGUGUAGAGUUUCCAUGGGAUAGUACAGUCCAUGCAGUAAUAUGAUUCAAUUUCUCCCCCCCCCCCUUCUUUUAACAAAGUACAAGAAUGAGCUGACAAGUGCAGCUGUUCUAGUGCUGGAGAGACCUGUCCUUGCUAUUUCAUGCCCAGACAAGAUUGAGUUAAGGCAACUUUUUUUUUAAAAAAAUACUCUCUAUUGGCAAACAGAUCAAAUUGGUCUUUGAGGCUUUCCUGAUGCAAUUUUUAAUUUUGAGUCUAAGAUUUAGGAAUUGUAAGGACUUGAGUCUCCUCCUAUUGCAAUUAAUGGAGAAGGAAUUUCCGCCCAUUUUAGUAGCACUAGAAUCGGGUUCCUUUGCUGCAAAAUUUAUUUUCUACUUGGUAGACUGCUAUUAUACCACAUAUAUUAAGCAGGACCUUGCUGUUCCCCCUCCCAUCCCUCAAUAUCUCUAAGGAAUCUGGAAUCAGGCCCUACAGCUCUGUGGUUAAUGCCAACCUAAAUCUGUCCAGGAUCAAACAUAUUAGAAAAUACAGGUUGUCUGUGAACAAGUCCCAGCUGUGAGUUCAGAACUACAGAAAGGAGUUGAGGGGGGGAAGGUGCUAUUGAUAAAGAAAUUUCAAAAUGGAUCAACUGGCUUUAAGAUUUCUCGUUCAUGCUCAGAUGCAAAUAUAUGUGCCUGCUCCAUAUGAAGUUCUUAGAAGAAGAAGGUGCCUGAUACUUGAGAGAGGAAAAAAAUGAAGCGUCAGUAAAUAUUUGAAGCUAUUUUAACCUUUGCAGUAAUAUUUGAAGAAUCUUGGGUCAGUUAGGAGCUUGUAGGUUGAGAUUCUUAUGUCCCUGGAAUAAAGGAAGCAAACAACUGAGUAUGACCAUAGAGGGGAGGAAGGAAUUCCAUAAAUUUUGAUGAGGUAGGCUUUCUUGCAGUAACAUUGAAACAUAACCUACAGAAAGGGGGAAAGAACCACUUGAAUUUUUUAAGAGAAAAAACUGCUAGCAUGGGCGGAGGAAGUUUUUUUUUGUUUUUGUUUUUUUUUUUUGUUUGUUUGUUUUUUUUUUUUUAAGUAUGUACCUAACCCUUGUCACUAGAAGCCAGGUGAUUGAGAAUCAGAGUUUAACAGAAUUGACUAUGAGUUGGAUUCCUCUUUAAGUAAAGAAAAUAACACUGUACUUCUUUAAUUCAGGUUGGUGGAGGAAUGAACACUAUCAGCAAGGGAGUUGUUAUCUUCUACUUUCCAUAAGGAAUCAUAAAUAAUCCUUAGAACAGGUAAUUCCAAGAGCAAGCUCCCCCAAACUGUUAUUAAAGAAGGCCAGCUAAAUGCACUUUAUCUUACUGCUGCUACUUAUUUUUCUUGUUGUUGAUGGAGCUCUUCAGAAUACUCUUACCAGUGAGUUUUCUCUCUGCUGUAUUUAAGGUGAUAAAUUUGCAUGAAUUAUCCCUAUAUCAGUGCUGUAAACAUUGGAAACCAAAAUAAAAAUGAAUUGGGAAAAUAA